AGCCAAUUGUGAUAACUGAUAACAAAUAAAAAUGGCGGACGAACAAUUACCUGCCGGGUGGGAAAAACGUCUUAGUAGAUCAACUGGUCAACAUUAUUAUUUGAAUAUAUAUACGAAAGAAUCUCAAUGGGAUGCUCCUGAUAAGCCAGCAGAACCAGUGUCAUCUAGUGGUCCAGAACAAGUCCAAUGUUCACAUUUGUUGGUCAAACAUAAAGAUUCUAGAAGGCCUUCUUCAUGGAGGGAAGAGAACAUUGUCCGCACAAAAGAUGAAGCUCUAGAUAUUGUUAAAUCAUAUAGAGAACAAAUUGCUCAAGGUAAAAAUUCGUUUGCUGAGCUAGCAUCAAAAUACUCAGACUGUUCCUCUGCCAAAAGGGGUGGUGAUUUGGGUCCUUUUGGUAAAGGAGCUAUGCAGAAACCUUUUGAAGAUGCUGCUUUUGCACUUAAGGUUGGAGAACUCUCAGAACCCGUGUUCACAGAUUCGGGAGUACACAUUAUAUUGCGCACUGUCUAAUUUAGCAGUAGUCCAGGCUUGCAUUUUGAAACCAUUGUUGAACAAAGAUAUUGCUAGUAAGAAAUUUAUGUACAGAUAUAACUAUUUUUUUUAGUUUCUUUGGAAUUAAGAAAUAUUUAAGAAAAACUUGCUACAAUGUAGCAGAAACCUUAUAAUUAUCUUUCAUAAUGUAAUUGGGUCAACUAUGGGAAGAUUAGACUGAAAAUUGGGUAGUAAUAUCUCUUCUGUAGAAUUUAUAAAUACUUUGUAAAAUUUAACUGCAGGUUUACAGUUCUGUUGGUAUUAGAAAAACAUGCCAUAUAUAUAAAUACCAUUUAUGGGAUUAAACCAAAAUUGAUUGCAAUGGAAAUCACAUUUUUAACUGCAAUUUGAUUUGAUAUCCACUCCAGAAUAAUUUAAAAAAAUAUCUUGAGGUGUGUUUUGGUAACCUAAAUUUGUUUGGAUAACUCAAUGUUGUUUUUUUACUUUAGACUUUUAUCCUAUUUCAUUACAUCUAGAAAUUAGAUGCCAUGAUCAUACAAAUAUUAACUAUAAAAAUAAUAUUCAAAUUAUUAUUUAUUAAAUCAACAACUAUCGAAUUUGUACAUAAAUUGCUUUGCUAUUUUUACAAGCCUUUACGAUAAGUUGUCUUAGAUAUAUUUAAUAUGGUUUCAAAUUGUUCAUUCAAGUUAGACAAAUUCAAUCAGAUAUACUUCCUCUUUUUCACCAAUAUAAGCCUAUUCAUAGUGUGAAUAUCAGUUUAAAUAAAAAAUAUAUAUCUGUGAAUUCUAAUUUUUAAGUCUCUGAUCUAAUUUGAGAGUAUGGAAAAUGAUUUUGUUAUUUUUUAUUGCAUUUAUUGACUUGCUAAUGUAUAUUUGAUUUUGACUAGUAUUAAAUGUUCAAUUUAUCUAUUAAUAAAAC